AUGGAACAUCUUCGCACAUCGCUAACCGAAAUUGAAGCCAGUUUGAACACAAGGCCACUUACCUACAUGGGGGCAUCACAGGAAGAAUUAGCAUGUGUCCGACCAAUCGACUUUCUACAAAGAGACUUGAAUAUCACAUUACCACAUGACGCUUUGAAACCCGACUUAUCGAAGGAUCCUGACUAUCACACUCCAGAAGAGAUUCGAGAACUUCAGACCCGUCAAAAAGUAUUAGAAGCACUUCAUUCUUCCUGCAAAUCAACAGAACGUUUCUGGACAAUCUGGCGCGAGCAGUACCUAGCAAGUCUCAGAGAAAAACACAAAAGGUCGCCAAUAAACAAAAGAAGCGGACAAAUAAUUCCAACAGUAGGCGACGUCGUAUUACUAAGCGACCCGGUACUUCCAAGGAACAGCUGGAGAAUGGCACGAAUCACGAAAUUGCAUUCAGGUAACGAUGGAAGUAUUAGGGAAGCCGAACUCAUAACGGCCACAAAAAGAAAGAUUCGACGACCACUUAACCUUCUAAUACCUAUGGAAAUACAAGACCAGAAAGAUGACGACUACCAAAAGGAUACCGAACGUAAGGAAGAUCCGCCUACAGCUACACACCAUUAUAAUUUACGAAAGCGACCUCCGAAGGAACCGUUGAAGACUACUGCUUUAGUAACAUAUUCCUCCAAAUCCAAACCGUCGGCGAAAUGGUUUUUAUUCUAUCUAAUGCUACUCACGCUGAUCAACACUAGCUCAGGAAUGCGAUCCGAAGUCAUAAAGUUAGAAUGCACAGAAAAAGGAGUGGAAGUUUUGACUUCGAUGAAGAACAAAACUAUUGAAAUCUGCGCGGAGCAUCAUUGCAGAACGCACAAUAUCAUUCAAGAAAGGCAACUCAUAAAGUUUCCUGCGGACAUUACUAUCCACGACUACUCUGUACGGAUAAAACUGCGCGGAGCAUCAUUGCAGAACGCACAAUAUCAUUCAAGAAAGGCAACUCAUAAAGUUUCCUGCGGACAUUACUAUCCACGACUACACUGUACGGAUAAAAUGGAAUAA